CUGCACUCCGCGCGUGCCUUAAAAGGCGGUAAAGUGCUAGAACAAGAGGGGCAUUGAUUCUGCCAUCGCAUUGCACUCUUUGCCAUUCCAUCGCCUGUGACGAGCGUCAAGAUGGUCACGGAAUCUCACAUUGCGGAGGAGCUCCUAAAGAGGUCCUUAUAUGUGUACGAUCUUCCACAGGAAUUACUCGUAACGCUAAGCACUAAAAGCGAGGAUCACACUAUAACCACCCCAGAUAACGAAGUGAUUACUCCUGAAAGGUCCGAAGAGAUCACGCAAGGAUAUGCGAUCGCAACUUCUACAUCUUGCGCUCUCUGCAACGUGUCUUUCUUAAAUGUCCAAGGACAGCGGGAUCAUGUCCGGUCGGAUCACCAUCGGUACAAUCUUAAGGCCCAGCUUCGAGGAAAUGCCACUCUGAGCGAGGUUCAAUUCAACAACGCAGUUGGUGAAAUGGAUGAAUCGAUUUCUGGAUCCGAGUCAUCAUCGGAGGAGGACGAAGACAAUGCAGGGCAGCUCACGGCUUUGUUGAAAAGGCAAGCGAAGAUAUCGCAACCAGCCGAAGGGGAAGAUGGGCCGCCAAAGAAAAGCACCGGAAAGCAUCCUUUAUUCUGGUUCUCGAGCUCCCUCCUCCCUUCCAACACAUCGUUAGGUGUCUAUAGGGCUAUAUUUUCAGAUGCCGAACAGGAAGAACCUAGAUACCUGGUUGAUUCUCUACGGAAGAAGCAACUACCCCCGGUUAUCGCCCAGCAAAAUAAUGGACAGGCCCAAGGUGCUUCCACAUCACCAAGCCCACACGUGUUUAUGUGUAUGAUCGGUGGUGGACACUUUGCGGCAAUGCUCGUUUCGCUCGCACCUGAAAUUCACCGAAAACAAGGAGGCGUCGAAGAAAGGCAGGCCCGAGUGAUUGCGCAUAAAUCCUUUCAUCGUUAUACUACUAGACGAAAACAGGGUGGAUCCCAAUCUGCUAGCGACGCUGCUAGGGGAGCCGCGCAUUCAGCUGGUUCUAGUCUAAGACGAUACAACGAGGCUGCCUUGGAAAAGGAGAUCCGAGAGCUGUUAUCAGACUGGAAGAAAUUGAUUGACGAUGCUCAGUUACUAUUCGUUAGGGCUACAGGAAGUACAAACCGGCGGAUUCUGUUCGGCCAGUACGAUGGCCAGGUUCUAAAACAGAACGACCCCAGGCUGCGAGGUUUUCCCUUCAGCACGCGCCGGGCUACUCAAGGAGAGCUUAUGAGGUGCUUCAAAGAACUUACUCGCGUAAAAGUGAGUCAGAUAGAUGAAGCUGCUCUUGCAGCAGCUGAGGCCAAACAACGAGAAGAAGCAACAAAGCCAUCUACUCCACGGCCUCAACAGCAGAGGCCAAAAGUAUCUAAGGAAGAGGAAGAAGCCAUGCUUCACACAACCCAAAUACAGGCCCUCAUCCGUCGCUCAAAAAUCCCAGCCCUAACGUCCUACCUCUCUAAGAACUCGAUCCCCGCCUCCUUUACAUUCCGGCCCUCUGAUUCUCAACAGAACUUCCGCUGCCCCACUGCUCUUCAUCUCGCUUCAAACCUCAAUUCGCCGGCGAUGGUUUCAGCUCUUCUCACCAAAAUGGAGGCAGACCCGACGGCCAUGAAUGGCGAAGGAAAAACGCCUUUUGAGCUUGCAGGUGAUCGGGCUACCCGUGAUGCCUUCCGCGUUGCCCGUCACGAACUGGGCGAGUCAAAAUGGGACUGGGAUGCAGCUAAGGUAUCAUCGGCAAUCUCCAAGACCGAAGUUGAUGGAAGAGCGGAAAGGGAAAGGAAAGCUGCAGCAGAAGCAGAGACAAAUCGACGUAAAGCCGAAUUGGAUCGCCUGAAGAAGGAGGACGCCGCCAAAGAAGCUCUACAAGCAAAGAGAGCGGGUGGUAGAGCCCUGGGGUCCGUGGAGAAGACUGCUUCUGAGAAACGGGAGGAAGAAAUGCGUGGAAUGACACCGGAGAUGAGAAUGCGAUUGGAAAGAGAACGUCGCGCUCGGGCAGCUGAAGAACGUUUUAGGCGGAUGCAAGGGAAAUAAUUGAACGCUUACUGGCUCCAAUUUUUGGACAGGCUAAGUGAGACUUUACUCCUUCGAUCAUGAUAUAUUGCCUCAUGCAAGAUGACUUGUAUACCGAUGUCUUAUGAAUGAUAGAGAUGAAUGAAAGAAAAUAGCCAUAAUCAAAUGUAUAUACUGAAAUUCUAUGUGAAACACCGCUCUUACUGUUCUAUUUUCGCUGAGCGAUUAUGUGGACAAUAUGAGUACUAAGGUAAAUUAUUGCAUGAAUAAA